AUGAACAGAACUUAUCUGUAGAUAAAUGGGAUGUUAUUAUAGUUCAAGUAGAGAGCCUUUCUUGUAUCGAAUUCUCAUCUUGUCUUAUUAUAGUAGUUUUAGAUGAAGUCAAUGCAAUUCAACGCCAAAUGAAUAACGCUCAAUACGUUUUAGCCAUGGAUGCAUUUGCAAAUGAAAGUAUACUAACAUUCCUUAAGGCUCAUUGCGGUGAAAAUAUCCGAGUAAUUGAUAAUAAAUUUCAGCCUCUUAUAGGUAAGACUAUUGAAUAUCUUCCCGAUUCAAAUACUGGAGCUGAAGCUAUGCGAAUAGGGUUUGAGUAUUUGAUGCAAGGUAAACGCGUGGCAUUUGUUAUAACAAGUUCUAAUAUAGCUCGAGCAUUAGUAGAAAAAGCUUUUAAAUUAUCUUUUAAAGCUCCUUAUAUCAAUACAGUAGAAGCAGGUAUUUCUUUCGAGAAACCUAAUCACUUUGACAUAGUUAUAGGCAUUACAAAUAUUGCAACUCCAGUUAAUGUAGAAGCAUUUAUCCAGAUGAUGUUCAGAAUUCGUGAUUGUAAAAAGCGUAUACUUUCUCUUUAUUAUCAAAAAAUUUCCAAUGAAUUUUCUCGUUCACCAGGCCAUGAAAAUAUUCAUAUAGAACUUGCAGUUGCCCAGCCCAACGAUUUGCCUACUGCAAUUAAAGGACAUUGUGAAUGGGAUAUAGAUAGCAUUUCCUAUAAACUUGAUCAAUCUCCUGCUAUAACAUCAUUUAUUGAAGUUGAGCAUCAGAAACGUCUUUCAGCCAGAAAUUUUAUCGAGAUUUCAUGUAGCCUUAUCGCUAGUACAGAAGCAAGGAUUUGUAAAAAGGUUCGUAAUGAAAUUAAGGCUGAAGUAUCAGUUAUCAAGCAUACGGAUUUUGAGGCAGUCGCCACUUCUCGAAAUCUUACUCCUAAGGAAGCUAAAAUUCUUAAACUCGAUUCAGAAUGUUCAGUUGUAGAUACUAUGACACUUAAGCAUUUUUAUAUGUGGAAUCUUUAUAGUGGAAAUGAUAUGAGUCAAGAUCUUGUACAAUGGGAAGAUAUAUGCUAUAAUGCUAAAGAUAAUUUUGAGGAUUCGGUAGCAAAAGACUUACGCAAAACAUAUUCAGCGAAUCAUUGGGAAGCUGUACGAGGACUUUUACAGUCGCUUGGUUUUACAGCUUUAUUGCUCUUUGGCUUUAGGUCUCAUGCAAAAGAAAUGCCAGAUCUUAAAUCAGCUGUAAAGGCAAUUAAUGCAAUUGUUGAAGAAGUAAUAGCUAGGAAGUUAGAUAAUUCUGAAUACUAUCCUAUAGUUCCAAUUCUUCCAUCAUAUAAGCCAAAGGUAAGUGAUGAGAUUCAGGACUUUUUCGAUUCUAUACCUAUUACUAACAAUACUACUUUAGAAUAUGCUGAGCGUGAAAUUUCUGACUCGUCUAGUAAUGCGAUUGAUGAAAAAGCUUUAUUUUUGCCGGAGGCAGUCACACAGCGGCUAAAAAUAAUAUCUUAUCAAAAUGAAUCUGAUAUAGAUAUCCUUAUUCAUCUUUUACAACAAAAAUUCCAAAUGUCUCAAGAAAAAUUAGAUCAAUGGAGAUUCAAGAUUGCUCUUGAAAUGUGGGAUAACCAAAAUUACUGGAAAAAAGAGCACGAAACCAUGAAUGAAAUCGAUUUCUUGAAUUACAAGCAGAAGUUUGAAGCUAAAAUGAAAGUUCCUACCACUUCGCACAAAAAAGAGUUGAAAAAUAAAUCUUUAGCUUUCAUUGAAUAUGCAUAA